AUGGUUGACCGGACGGCACUGGCAACGCUGCAAUUCUUGUUCCUGUUCUUGUUCCUGUUCUUGUUCCUGUUCUUGUUCCUGUUCUUGUUCCUGUUCUUGAUCCUGUUCUUGUUCCUGUUCUUGUUCCUGUUCUUGUUCCUGUUCUUGUUCCUGUUCUUGUUCCUGUUCUUGUUCCUGAUCUUGUUCCUGUUCUUGUUCCUGUUCUUGUUCCUGUUCUUGUUCCUGUUCUUGUUCCUGUUCUUGUUCCUGUUCUUGUUCCUGUUCUUGUUCCUGUUCUUGUUCCUGUUCUUGUUCCUGUUUUUGUUCCUGUUCUUGUUCCUGUUCUUGUUCGUGUUCUUGUUCCUGUUCUUGUUCCUGUUCUUGUUCCUGUUCUUGUUCCUGUUCUUGUUCCUGCUCUUUUUCCUGUUCUUGUUCCUGUUCUUGUUCCUGUUCUUGUUCCUGUUCUAG